AUGGAGGGCUCACUCUGCCGAGAAGAUCCGAACAUCUGUUCUGCGUUCGCCAUUUCCACCGAACCCCUGGCGCAGCAAGCCAAACGGGAGAAUGAUCAGAUGCAGAAUGCAGGAAAGUCUCGAGAGGAGGUCUCCUUGUCAAUGGGUCAGACCCUGCGAAGGUCGCUGGAAGCUGAAUAUGUGAGCGAGGCAGAAAACGUCGUCGUUGUCAUUCUCGAGAUCGGGACAAGCGAGAUUCGCACUGGCUUUGCAGGAGACGAGACGCCGCAGCACCGCCUCCCUGCGUUCCUCUCGCGCACAGCCGAAGCGUCACCAUCUGGCGAUCUGCAUGCGCCUCUUACCGUUCCCAAGACGUUUGUGGGCGACGAGGCGUUUGCAGCCGCGGCGCGUGCGGCUGGGGAAGCAGCGGAGGUAGUUCGCGUGUUCGCGGCGCAUCCCAGGCAUCCGCUUGCUGACUCUGCAGACUCGUAUGAAAAUCUCUUCGUCAUCAUCGAUGCAGCUCUCGAAAAGGUACGAGGAGGGAGCGGAGACGAAGAGGAGGACGAGGAUGACUGCGCGAACCCCGAGUCGGGGAACAAGCGAGACCUGCCGUCGGCGGAGAUGCCUUGGGCCCUCCUCGCCCUCGUGCCGGUUGUCUGUGACCAGCGGCUCGCCAGCUGCUUGCUUCGCUGGUCACUGGAGACUCGUGGAGCGGUCUUCGGAGCUGUGAAACUGGUCGCAGACGUACGCAUGGCGGCCUACCAUCACUUGUCCCUUCUGCCCGAAGACCAGCGCAGCGCCGAGCAAGGCCUUCUGAUGGUUGACGCGGGCGAGGCGGCGAUACGCGUGGUGCCGGUCUGCGGCUGGGCGCUGACGCCGUGGACGCAUGCGCUGCACCAGACAGACACUGGGGCGGGGAGUCUGUUGACCUCGCUUGUGCUUCUUCACCAAGACAGACGCGGCGAAGGCGGGCGCGGCACGCGACGAGGCAUGAGCUGGAGAGACGCGGCGCGCUACAAGGAGGAGCGCUGCUUUGUCAGUGUGAACCCCGCUGCAGAUCUUCAGCUUCACCGCAGGCAUCGCCAGCUGCUUCCGCCCUUCGUCAUGCAGAGCGGCGCGGUGCUUCAGCCUUCCGCAGAGGCUUUUCUGUACCCCGAGAUUUUCUUCACUCCGCAGUUGCUCAGAAACGCGAAUCUCUCGCCUGUCGUGAACUCGACGUCGCAGUCGAGCCUCAGCCAUAUCAUCCUCGACGCCUUCGGCAGCGGAACUGUCUGCGAGCGCGCGCGUUGGCUUUCGCGCCUCUGCCUCGUCGGCGGCACAGCGAAACUCCCGAAUUUCGCAACGCGAUUGGAGGAAGAGCUGCGUACGGCUUGGCAAAGCUCCGACACUUCGGCUUAUAUGCGGAGAAAAGAUGAAGCCCCGAUCUGCUUGCAUGUGUCUAGCGACCCCCAGUUGGCAGCCUUUCGCGGGGCUUCCGCCUUUGGCAGAGUUGCAGUGCUAGAUGAAGAUGCUUGGAUUAGUCGAGAAGAAUACGAAACUACAGGCUCUGUUUCUGCUCUCGCAAGGCGCGCGCUUUACCUCGCAAACAAAGGCUAA